AUGGUUUCGGCUUUUUGUUCUGAUGCAGCGUUUGCAGUACAUAUGGCGGCCACGCUGGGCUGCAAGUUUCACGAACUUGCAGAGAAGAUAGAAAACGCCCAAGACCCUGAAAGGUUGCGCAUUCAUAAGCGGCAUCAAAGCGUCAUUGAGGCGCGGGCGAAUCUGCACGCAGAAGCAGGGGUCGAAUUUUACAAGUGUUUCUCCCGCUUCAAAGACCAGGUGGACGACUACACCGAUCAUGACCUCCUCGUUCAGCCACGCGUCAGCCCCCAUCCUUGCCACGUGGAGCCAAAGUGGAGCAUCUCAGGCAACAGCCGCUUGGUAGUUGAGCUGGACCCAAAAGUGGCGGCAGCCAAUAGUGUUCAGGAAGCUGGAACCGAUCCUCCGUACGUCACUUUUAUCAGAGAUUCCUGGCGACCUGUGACGCCUCCAAAAGGAGGGACUACACGGCAGAAAUAUCGGUCUCCACAGAUGCAAUUCUGGCAGGAGACAGGACUCGCAGAAGUGAAUGACUCCCCUAGGAUUGGCCCACGCCCCGGUGACUACUGUCACCCCGCCCGGCAAUACGAGUCGCUUUACCUGAACCAAACCGCCUCGGCGCCAUACGCUAUGUACCGCAUGCUGUGCCUCUUCCCAUGGCUCGUGUCGGAGUGGCGGCCCUGCGACUACUACAAGCGACUGUGGUACUUCAUAGUCGAGCACAAGGAGACGGGCUUCGAGUUUGAGUUGACGGAGCACAAGGGGUCCCUGCACGCCUAUAUUGAGUUGAAUCCGGACAGCCCCUGGGCCGACUGCCUCAAGAGCGAGGCAUGCGCUCUGCUGGAGCUGAUCUUGUCGGAUGCCUGCCGUCACCCGUGCGGCGUCCCGGCCGGCAGCGUCGAUCCUGUCGUCUUCGUUCCGUACAACGAAGAAGACCCGACGAAGCGGUAUGUUGUCGACCCUAGAAACGCAGGCCUCCAGCACGCGUCGCAGGAAGACUGCGACAACAUCGUUCGGGUGCGUGAGCGCUGGAGGACGGUUCCAGAGCCGGACACAUCUGAGCGAACUUACCGGGAAAGCCUCACGAUCACCGUGGAUCCGCCGUCUAGAAUGGUCUGCAUCCUUGAACUAGAGCAAACUCUUCAAGGCGCCCCAUUCGAGCGUGGGUUAUGUGGACAGGUAUCGUUCAUCAAGCAGAGCGGAGGCAAAAUGGUUCCCCUGUGCGCGGCUAUCUCCUCGGGGCUCUUCCUUUACCGUCUGAUCUCCAUCUUCACACACGACAUGAUGUUUGACAGCUGUGAUUUCGCCCCAAACCGAUCCCUGGCCGACCUGCCCAAAUUCAUAAACCCCCCAAACCCCGCGAACUCGCUCUGGUAUACGGAGAUUGCUCACGUGGCGACCGGGCACGUGGUGCGCGUCGGCGAGUUCCGCGGGGCCACGACGGUGUGGAGCGUGAGCGGAACGGAUUCGUUGACAACGGAAACGGAAGUGGCGGCUGUCAAAGAGGACCUUGAGUGGCUGCUGGCGCUAGUCUGCGGCCGGUGUCCGCACACGUACGAUGGGGUCCUGGCGGGAUGCCACGCGUAA